GAUUUUGUGGUCUAUGGACAUGGAUUUUCACUUGUAUAUGAUAACACGGAUGUCUCCUCCGAAUUAUGUGUGCUCUGUUUAGAAUUGUUUACGAAUAUCACGUAAUUAAAAUUAGAUGUUGGAUCCGCUCGCGUACUGGCAUUUAUGUUUGAGAAGCGGUAGCGGAUUCAAAACAGCUGAUUUAAUCAGAUUGUGGACUAACCUUCUCCGUCGGUCAUCCAUUCUUUUUUUUUCUCUUUUUAAACAUUAUGAGUAUAUAUUAUAGAAUUGAAAAAGUUUGGAGGUUAUGAAACGCGCGCUUUUUGUUUUUUAUGGGGUGGUGUUUUUUGUUUGUUUGUUUGUUUUUUUCACCCUCGCUCCAAGCUCUGAUCACCAGAGUAUAUCGUAUUUUACUGAGUAAUGGUGCCGUAAGGAUCAUCGUCGCCAGGCCAUUCGUAAUUUUAUAACGAUGAUCGAAGGCUCAAAGUUUCGGGGUCUCGGGGAAAUAAUACCAGGGCCGUAAAUUAACCUUCAAUUUGGAGGAGGCAGGAAAUUAGGCGAGGGUCUGGGGGACGCCCAGGCCCCCAGACGCUGAGCACAUUUUGUGCACACUGAACACGUUUCGUGCAAAAUCCUUGAUUCUAGGGCCUUCUAAGAUGUUACUUGACUAACUCAUUCUAAAAGAAAGAUUUGGAAUGCUUUUUAAGGGAGGUAUCAUGUUCUUAGUUAUUGGAAACAACAUAAAUUCUAAUGAACUUUAAAUUUUAAUUUUUUUUGGCUCAAAAGUUGGAGGAGGCAGCUGCCUCCUCCGCCUCCAUGUAAUUUACGGCCCUGAAUACACUCGCAUUACAGUUGUAUAGCAGCAUGCAUUUUUGUAAACGGAUGGAUAGUUAUAGGGGAAAUACUAUCCUCAAUGAAAACACUUUAUCAUCAUUCGUUUAUAGUUCUAUACGGAGUUGGUUUUGUUAGAUUAGACUUUUUUUAUUUCUCUGUUUGCACCCUGUUAAAGGUAAAUAUCCAGUCUCGGGUUUUCAAGUGAGGCUUUUAGCAAUCAGUUUACAGUACUGUUCACCAAUACUUGAUGAUUUUAAUGUGUGGAUAUUUACUGCAUGCAUUAUUCAUUUGUACAAAGAACUAGAACAGCAGCUCCAAGAUUAUUUUUUUCCCUCAAACUUGGUACAAUUCCCAGGGACUGAAAUAGUGGUACUAUGAUGGUAAUGGAAUUAUCAGAGGGAUUAGUGCUGCAUAUGGCGAUAAGUGUUUUUAAACUGGUAUGUUGUUUUAGAAAUAAACAUUAUUGCAUAUGUGCUUUAUUAUUUCAUACUUUUGAUAUGUGUAUUGAAUGAUUUACUUCUUCAAUCGAUCCUAAUUUAAUAUUCAGUCAGUUCUCUAGCAUAGAGUGUCUGGGGUCCCUAAUUAUGUCUUGGCCUAGUCAUAAAUGGGUGUUUUUAUUUCACAGGUGUUUUGGUUUUGUGUUUUGUCUGUUUAUUGGGUUUGGAGUUUUUCGCCUCAAGAUUUCUUUGUGUUAAGUUUUGAAAUGACCAGUCCAAAUAAGUUUUGACCAAUAUUACAGUCCUGCCCAUUGGACUUUAUUCAUAAACAAUGGUAAAUAUUACAAAUACAUUUUAGUAUAUAAUGUCACAUCUCUUCCUAAUGAUAAUUCUCAGAAGUAACCCACCCCCCGCCGUACCCCCACGAUAUAUCAAAUCAAUUCCUUAACCUUGUACUUUACUACUUAUAAAUUGUAUGCAAAGCUAAAAGAAUCGAAAACAAAAUAUAAACUGAACAAACACAGAACUGCUGUUCAUUUAAAUCUAGCAUUCAUUUAUAAUGCGUGUAUACACGAAUAGUGAUCGGUGUCUAUAGAACGCCUCUCUAUAUAAUACAUGUAUGUAUUGUCCACCUCGAUGACAAUUAAAAAUGACUCGGAAUUAAAACACAGAUAAAUAGUCUGGGUAUUCGUGUGCAGUAGAACAUUCAGAGCGUGAAUUUUUAAAUAUAAACCAAUCUGUAAUUUACGUCGGGGUUUACCCGGAACAAAUUUUCCGCUUCUUCCCUAUUGCCACCUGGAAGUGAGAGAGACAUAGGAAUGGCUCUUCGAUUCCCGGGGCAAGAGUGUUCUCUCAUCUACAUAUCUUGUGGUGACAGUGAAGCCGACUGUAACCUCAUCAGACAGCUUCUGCCGGUGCUGGAGAGGUGCGGGUUCGAAUGCUUUUUCAGAGUUCGAGAUGGCGAUGUUCAGCUCCGCAUAGAGACUGCUAGAAGUGUUAUUCCAAAGUGUGGUCUAUUGCUGGCCUUAACAUCCAAAGAUUCCAUCCAAGAGGACUGUCAGUACUGCCAGUACGAGAUAGCAUUAUCCAUGGAUUUCAGACGACAGAUAAUCAUGGUGACGUUAGAUGAUGUAGAAAUUCCCGCCUUGUUUAGAAAUCUGGACAGAUUUCACGGGAAUAUGAAUCAGCCCUUUGAGGAUUGGACCAAAAGACUUUUGAAACGUGUGAAACAAAAGUUUCAUGAGCAACAGAGGCCAUACUUUGAAAUCAACAUGGUAAAAGAGUUCCUGUGGAAUAUAGAAGGACGAGCUCUUUAUGAGCUGAUGGAAUCUCACAGCAAAGCAAUUAACACCUACAUGGGUGAAAAUGCGUGGCUGAAGAAAAGAAACAACGACCUGAUUCAGAUCCGUCUGAAAGAAUGUGGAGACCUUGAGGAGGCCAACCAAAGACUGGAGACACAAAUCCAGGAAAUGCAAGACAAACUGUCCAAUGAAAAUGGCUGCCCAUAUUCAUACGUCACCGAGAUAUCUACACAGUGCUUAAAGUACAAAUGGGAAAAAGAACAGUUGGCUGCGGAAGUGAAGGCACUGAGGCGGGCUUUGAAUGAUCAAGCACCUAAAGAGAAGGGCGGGACCACAGACACGAACAUGGAGUGUUUGUACAGGAUGUUGUCUUUGGAAGACAGCGCCAGGGUAAGAUCCAAACAAGAGGGCGGAUCCUCCACAUCCGGUCUGAGGAGAGUUCCGUCAGAGGUAGCAGCCUUCUUUCAUCGCUACCAAGGUCUCAUAGGAUACGAUGAGAUUCCUGCACUGGGGCGUGAGUUAGGACUGACCUGUGCACAGCUGGAUGACGUGAACAGAUACAGAUCGUCUGGUCCGUCUGAGAUGUUCUGGCAGAUGUGUAGGUUCUACUCCAGCAGACAGUCAGAGACAUGCAGCGUCAGUCGUAUGGUGGGGGCGCUGACGAGAGUCGGCAUCAACAUAGAAAGUAGACCGAUGGACACAUCACAUAAACAACUGCUGGAAGAUAAGCUGGACUAUUUGUACGAAAAUAUGGAAGACGUGGUCAUCCUGCUCCCAUUGUUUCUCGAAAAAGAGACGAUCACCCCAGCUCAGGCGUUGUACAUAGAGACACCCGCCUUCUGUAAACAGAGGAUAGAGAGGCUGAUAGAAGUGUUAGUCACCAGGGAGAACGGUUACCAUUCAUUCUGUGAGGCUCUGAAACUAAGCGGCCAAACGACCCUAGCGAAGUUUGUCCGGGAUAUUAACGCUAAAAGUCCCCUCCCUUCAUCUACUAAAGCACCCAAUGAACAUGAGGAAGAGACUGCAACAAGGGACAUUGUGAACAAUACAAAUCCAAAAACUGCCUUGUAACAUUUUUAAAUGUAUCUAUAUUUAUUCCUAGGAUGUGAUACAUUACAUGUCUCCUCAGAAUGAACUAGUUUCUUUGCGGAUUGAGCGAAAGAAGCACAUUUUUGGUGUAAAAAGUCACCCACGUUCAGAAUUGAUUCCUCAAAGAAAUGAUCUUGUAGGAGUACAUGGUGAUGGAAGGUGAAAAUAACGAACAGUGAUCAUCAAUCUCAUAAUUCCUAUAAGCAAUACAAAAUAGAUAGUUGGGCAAACACGGACCCCUGGACACACCAGAGGUGGGAUCAGGUGUCUAGCGGGAGUAAGCACCCCCUGUCGACCGGUCACACCCGCCGUGAACCCUAUAUCCUGAUCAGGUGAUAUUUUAUGACCAUUGUUCCCUAUUGACUCUUACAGAAUGAUCACUGUCUGAUCAGUACGACAUUACUUCCGGUCAGUCUGAUUAGUACGACAUUACUUCCGGUCAGAGAAGACUGGUGAUGAGGGCCUUCACGUUACAACCGGAGCCCCAUGAUCGAUCCCUGUGCCACAUCUAACUGACGACCUUCAACAAAGGCAGUGACUGUUCUUUCGCCAAAUACCCGACAUCAGAAGUAAAAGUCACGCGUCUUUCACCCGACAUCAGAAGUAAAAGUCACGCGUCCUUCACCGACAUCAGAAGUAAAAGUCACGCGUCUUUCACCCGACAUCAGAAGUAAAAGUCACGCGUCCUUCACCGACAUCAGAAGUAAAAGUCACGCGUCUUUCACCCGACAUCAGAAGUAAAAGUCACGCGUCCUUCAGAAAUAACGGGGACACGACAAAGAGCCUUAUGCUACUGUCCUGAGUACACAUAGGUCAAAGCCUGCGGUACUUAACAUAGAGCUGCUGACGUAGAAUUCAAUGAAAUAUUCUAUUGAAGUACGCUAUACAUAUACAAACACAGAGGAUAUUUACAAUGUGCACUACAAAUGUAUGUAGACAAACACAUAGGAUAUUUAUAAUGUACACUAGAAAUCACAUAAGAUAUUUACAAUGUGCACUACAAAUGUAUGUAGACAAACACAUAGGAUAUUUAUAAUGUGCACUAGAAAUCACAUAAGAUAUUUACAAUGUGCACUAGAAAUGUAUGUAGACAAACACAUAAGAUAUUUACAAUGCAUGGGUAUGUCGUAUACUAUUUUUAUAUAUAUGAUGUAUGUACUAACAAACAUUACAGACAUGGUACAUUUGUACAUACAGGCGUGGUCCACUGAUGUUAAUAAAAGUUUAUAUUAACGA